GAACAGAGAACACACACCUCCGACUACCUAACGUCAGAACCAAGAAGUAAACAAUCAGCAAACAACAACAACAGCGCCAUGCAUACCUCCAUCGUCUUCCUCCUCCCCUUCUUCCUCCUCUCUCUCCUCGCCUCCUCUUCUUCUUCCCAGAGUGACUCUCCGGAACUCAUUGUCACCAUGCGGGCAGGACGUGUCCGCGGUGUCCGCCUACCGACGCCGGACCGGAGUCACGUGACCGCUUUCCUCGGAAUCCCAUUCGCGGAGCCCCCACUGGGCAAGAAGCGCUUCCGAAAGGCGGAGCCCAAGAAGCCAUGGUCGGACUUGUUCGAAGCUAGCUCCUACCCCAACGCCUGCUACCAGUUCGUUGACACCUCUUUCCCCGGGUUCCAGGGAACCGAGAUGUGGAACCCCAACAGGGAGAUGAGCGAGGACUGCCUCUACCUCAAUAUCUGGGUCCCCACCUCCACCAGACCUCACAACCUCACCGUGAUGGUAUGGAUCUACGGAGGAGGGUUCUACAGCGGAUCAUCGUCCCUGGACGUGUACGACGGGCGCUACCUGGCUCACUCGGAGAAGGUGGUGGUGGUCUCCAUGAACUACCGUAUCGGGGCCUUUGGGUUCCUGGCUCUCCACGGCUCCUCAGAGGCCCCUGGGAACGUGGGGCUCUUAGACCAACGCAUGGCCCUCCAGUGGGUCCAGGAUAACAUACACUUCUUCGGGGGCAACCCCAAACAGGUGACCAUCUUUGGGGAGAGUGCCGGAGCAGUCUCUGUUGGGAUGCACCUCCUGUCUCCCGACAGUCGACCCACCUUCACCCGAGCCAUCCUCCAGAGUGGAGCCCCCAACUGCCCCUGGGCCACUGUUACGCCAACUGAAGCCCACCGGAGGGCCGUCAUGUUGGGGAAGCUCGUUGGCUGCCCCUCUGGGGGUAACGAUACGGAGCUGGUGGACUGUCUUCGCAACAAGCCCCCGCAGGAGCUCAUUGACCAGGAGUGGCAGGUCAUGCCGUGGUCUGCCAUCUUCCGUUUCUCCUUUGUGCCCGUCAUCGACGGCGUGGUCCUUCCAGACAACCCCGAGGCCAUGCUCAGCUCAGGCAACUUCAAGGACACCCAAAUCCUGCUGGGGGUCAACCAGGACGAGGGGUCCUUCUUCCUCCUCUACGGAGCCCCCGGCUUCAGCAAGGACAAUGAGUCACUGAUCUCGCGCGAGGACUUCCUGGAAAGCGUGAAACUGAGCGUUCCGCAUGCCAAUGAGAUCGGCCAGGAGGCUGUCGUUCUGCAGUAUACUGACUGGUUUGAUGAGAACAACGGGGUAAAGAACCGUGAUGCCCUGGACGAUGUGGUCGGAGACCAUAAUGUCAUCUGCCCCCUGCAGCACUUCGCCAGGAGCUAUGCCCAGUUUCACUCUAACCAGGGUGCCAACAAUGGGCAACAAGCGGGCAACGCAGGGGCCACGACGAAGGAUGGGAACUCACAAGGUGGAGUGUACCUGUACCUGUUUGACCACCGUGCGUCUAACCUGGCGUGGCCGGAGUGGAUGGGCGUUAUCCAUGGUUACGAGAUAGAGUUUGUGUUCGGCAUGCCGCUUGAGAAGAGACUGAACUACACAGCCGAGGAGGAGAAACUGAGCCGACGCAUGAUGAGAUACUGGGCCAACUUCGCACGCACCGGUAACCCCAAUAUCAACUUUGAUGGCAGUGUGGAUAGCAGGCGGAAGUGGCCCCAGUUCACCAACAGUGAACAAAAACAUGUGGGUCUGAACACGGAAUCCCUGAAGAUCCACAAGGGCCUGCGGAAUCAGCUGUGUGCAUUCUGGAACCGCUUCCUGCCACGCCUCCUCAACAUCACCGAUAACAUAGAUGAGGCGGAGCGUCAGUGGAAGGUGGAGUUCCAUCGUUGGUCCUCCUACAUGAUGCACUGGAAGAGCCAGUUCGACCAUUACAGCAAGCAGGAGCGCUGCACUGACCUCUGAGGAGAGAGAGAAAGAGAUGAUGAACACCUUGUCCUUCCAUAGUUUCCUACAUUUCUUCAUGUGAUAUGAUUUGUUAAAGGCUUGCAAUUUAACUCAAUGAAGGCCAAACAGUGGAUUCCUUUCCCCCACAAAAUCACAUUUACUGUAUCACAAAUCAUAUUUUCUGUGUGGUUUUUUGUUGUUUCCAUUGCAGAUGUUUGGCUGCCUAAAACACAUCCAUAAGCUGACAAUUUAUCAGCAUCAAAUGUAUUAUGGAAGGAGGUGGUCAUUGAUGAAGGCUGUGAAAAGGUGAACAUUUCAAAGGUGUGUCAUUACAGUACCUCUGAAGACUGUGUGAGUGUGUGUGUGUGUAUGCAUGCAUGCAUCCGUGGGCAUGCGUGUAUGUGUGUGCGCGGAAGUGUGGUACGACUGAACGUCUGUGUUCCACAUCACUCUUAUUUUUUUUUUUACUUCACUUUAUUAUUUUCCAGUUGAUACAAAUCUCGCUAUCUGCUUAUUUUGAAUGAUCUUUAUUUAAAACAGCUAUUAUGACCACUGUUCCACUGUCUAACCAUGUAUCCGUUCACUUGUCGUUCGUCUAUCUCGUAUAUCGGUCCUUCCCCCCCGUUCUUCUAUCCUUCUUUCUUUCUCUCUGACUGUAUUGGUUAGGUGAUCUGUUGUUGUAUCUGUGUAGUGUCUUCUCCUGUGUCUCAAAUGACACCCUAUUCCCUGUAUAGUGCACUACUAAGCUCUGGUUGAAAGUAGUGCACUCCAUGUGGAAAAGGGUGGGAUUCAGAAAUACAAUCUGUGUCUGUGUAGCGUCUUCUUUUGCAUCUCAAAUUACACCCUAUUCCCUACAUAGUGCAUUACUAAGCUCUGGUCGAAAGUAGUACAUGGAAUAGGGUGGGAUUUGGGAUGUAUUCUGGGUGGGUCCAAACCUAAAACCUCAGAUCAUUUAUUAUAGGAAUCUGGAGCCAUGUAAAUCCCUGUGUGCUGGGUUAGAAAAGAACUACACUGAAAAAAAACUAUUAGACUGUGUGUGUGUGUGUGUGUGUCUGUUACACUACAUGGAUAUAAACAGACAAGUGCAUACAAAGUUCAUACAAACACACUAUCGCUCUCUCACACACCAAAACACACACACCCACCGAAACACACAGAGUGGAUUGAAAAACGUGCACGGAGGACCAAUACUCACAAGUCCAGCGAUCAACAAGAUAGACAUGUAGUCAUAUGUCACACAUGUCUAUCUUGUUCAUCGCUGAACUCUGUGCACGUUUCUCAAUCCACUCUGUGUGUUUCGGUGUGUGUGUGUGUGUGUGUGUUUCGGUGUGUGAGAGAGCGAUAGUGUUUGUAUGCACUUGUCAGUAUAUAUCCACAUACCUCUGUCAAUCACCUAUAUGUAGCCAAGCACUUGUGAAUGUCAGUCACACCCACUGUUGUUUGUUCUAGCGUCAGAAUGCAGUAAAGUAUUAUAUUUUGUGGGCGUGAGGGUGUGUGUGUGUGCAUACUACUAAUAUUAUCUCCGUGCCAACGGGUCGAUGUGUCUCGCUCCCCUCCAUCUCUCUCUUUUGUCCUAUCCAUCUCUCUCUCCACCUUCCCCUCCAUCUCUCUCUCCUCCAUCUCUCCAUGUCCCCAGAGGACGAACAGUUCUCGUUAGUCUAAUGGAGACUGAAGUAAUUCACUCAGUGUGUGUCUGUCGGUGUGUGUGUAAUUCAGUGCUCCAGUGAAACGACAGGAUGCUGCGUCAGCCAUUCGCUGGCUAUGAGACUGACAGGCCUGGCUGGGCUGUACUGCACUGCUGCAGUGACUGAUGGAGAGAGAGGGAGGAGGGUGAGAGAGGGGCGAGAG